AUGGAAGCACACAAGAGCUCGGUGGGGGUGUUGGCCGGAAGAGGCGGGCUGCCCAAUACAAUUCUCAUGGAAGACGCACAGCGUCCUGCUGCAGCACAUGUAACCAGCAGCGGAGAAGAGGCCCUAAAGGACAUUCUGUGCGGAUCAACGGCCGGAAUCGUUGGCAAGUACAUUGAGUACCCCUUCGACACGGUCAAGGUCCGUCUGCAGUCACAGCCUGACACGAUACCGCUCCGGUACACUGGGCCGCUGGACUGCUUCAAGAAAUCACUGCAGCACGAUGGGUUUCUGGGAAUAUAUAGAGGCAUUAGUGCGCCUCUGGUUGGGGCUGCGGUGGAAAGCAGCACCCUAUUCUUCAGCUAUCGCAUAGCGGGGGAUGCUCUAAAAGCCUCAGGUGUAUACCCAGAGUUGAAGAGGCACCCUGAACGAGACCUGCCCUACUCAGGCAUGCUCUGGUGCGGCAUGGUCGCUGGAGCAAUCACUUCGUUGUUCCUCACCCCCAUUGAACUUGUUAAGUGCAAGAUGCAAGUCCCUGUAGAAAGCCCUGGCACUGUAGUUGCUACUCCAACAAUUCGAGGGGUCAUUGCCUCGAUCUAUCGCCACCAAGGUCUUUCCGGCUACUGGCACGGUCAGCUGGGAACCUUGAUUAGGGAAACAGGAGGCGGCGCGGCAUGGUUUGGUGGCUACGAGGGCAUGAAGAUCAUCUUCAAGGGAAUCAACGGUUCGACCAAAGACGAGGAUCUCCGUGUGUGGCAGCGCAUGGCUUCCGGUUCUGUUGCUGGUGGCGCAUACAACUUUAUGUUCUAUCCUGCCGACACGAUCAAGUCGCGAAUGCAGACAGAAGACGUCAAGCACCUGACAGGCGGAAAGUCGAGUUUCACCGCAGUAGGCAAGGCGCUGUGGAAACAACACGGCAUCAAGGGUAUGUAUCGCGGAUGCGGUAUCACAGUUGCAAGAUCGAUCCCCAGUUCUGCUUUCAUCUUCACUGUGUAUGAGGAGUUGAAAAAGCGAUGGCCCAGCCGCGGGCUCGCUCGCAUCGUCAGCUGGCGAUCUCUCGCUGGCGUUUUGUCGCAAUCGCAGACGAACGCUGCGCUAGAGAAGAUUGCUCUAGACCCCAAAUACCACGAUGUCCUCACACUAGUAAAAGGCGUGAGGAACGGUAUCGUGUAUGGAAGUAAAGUGCGAUUUCCACACGCACUCGUAAUGAUCUUCCUCUUCAGAUCAGGAAGCUUCCGCUCCAAAUGCCUCCUCGUCUACAAAGCAACCCGCCAACACGCCCGCAACCUCGGCCUCUUCGCCCUCGUCUACAAAGCCACCAUGCUCCUCCUCCGCCACACCUCGCCCAACGGCAAAGAGCGCCAAUACGACUCUUUCCUCGCGGGUCUCCUCGGCGGCUACACCGUCUUCGGCCGCACAAUCCACAACUCCGUCUCCCAGCAAAUCGUCAUCUACGUCGCCGCUCGCGUCUGUCUUGCCCUAGCCAAACUCGCCGUGCAGCCGCGUGAAGUCUCCGCUGGAGCUGGGGCCAAACAUGGCGGAGUCAAAGGCUGGGAGUUGUUUGGAAACGGGGAGAUGAGGCGUGCGCUUGUGCGGAAUGGAUGGCCGGCUUUUGCGAGUUUGAGUUGGGCCAUGGUUAUGUAUAUUUUUAGGUGGCAUCCCGAGAGUGUGCAGAGUAGUCUGAGGAGUAGUAUGAGUUAUAUUUAUGUCCAGUCGGAUGAGUGGGAUUCGCUACGGACGCUUUUGUGGCAUAAUAAGUAA